UACAACACAACACUCCGUACACGCUCUUUCCGCUGUUAAAACAUCACAGAUAUGGCAGUGCUUUGGGCGAAUGAAACUUGAGCUGGUAGUCUGUGGCUUAUUUGUUAGACAGGCAAGUCGAUCUUACCAUUUCCUCUGAAAAUCUGUUGGACAUUUUGUGAUAAAUCCGCAGAAAUGCCGCACCUAAAGACCCCGAAAUUGCGGGAGCCAUUGUGGAAAGAGGCCGACUUCCUGGCCAACAAGAGAGGUGUUCGCCACACUGUGUAUUCUGUGAAUGGAGACCAGUUCACGGGAGAAUGGCUGGACAACAAAAAACACGGUAAAGGAACAUAUCGAUGGAAGAGCACAGGUGCUAUUUUUGAUGGCGACUGGAGGAAUGGGAAGAGAAGUGGGUUUGGUACAUAUAGCGUGCCAGAUGGAAAAGGUGGAUUUAAAAAGGAAUACUCAGGAGGCUGGAAAAAUGAUAAGAGACAUGGUUACGGGACACAGUUUUACUCAGAGGAUGAGUAUUACGAAGGCGAGUGGUAUGCAGACCAGCGAGGUGGGUGGGGCAGAAUGUACUACGCUGACGGCACAAUUUACGAGGGAGAGUGGCAUGAAGACCAACGAAAUGGACAGGGCAUGUUGCGCUUAACCAAUGAAAACAGAUAUGAGGGUUCUUGGAAAGAUGAUCAGAAAAAUGGGCCAGGGAAAUUUUUCUACCUGGAUUCUGGCCAGAUGUAUGAUGGUGUGUGGCUGAAUGACAUCGCUAAGUGCGGGACAAUGAAAGACUUUGGUCGCGACAACGCCCCUCAGCCAACACAGUAUCCUAUACCAGAGGUGAAGUUAGUAAAUCCUGGGGGAGUAGUGGCGGAAGCUGAAGAGCAAUUUCUACAGGAUCAUGAAUGAGUGGAAUUUCUGAUGACUUUAAAAUACCAAAUGUCAGUCAUGCAUUCUUGGUGAUUGGACAGAGCCAGAAAGGACUGAGCUUUUAUGUGGUUGAUAUUCAGCAUGAUCAGCAUGGUUUGCGCUGUAUCCACAGAAUUCAUCAAGUUGAAAUUUAAAAAUUGAGUUUUGAUUUUACUGCGGUAAUGGAGUCGACCACUAACCAGUAAUGCACCAUUAUUAAAAACAUUUAUUUU